AUGAAUUGGGAGCUGAUAAGUGUCCUGCUACUGUCCGCUGUGUUGUGUGCGCUGUCGCAAAGUUUGGGACCGAACCGUUUAACCUGUGGCAAGCGCAGAGUGAAGACAAUUCAUCUUAUUCACAAUGGCGUCGACGCAAAGCCAGGCCACUGGCCGUGGCAUGCCGCCAUUUUUCAUCGUGUGCAGGGUAACCUGGAAUACGCCUGUGGAGGAUCGAUCAUCGAUGAGGAAACUAUUCUCACGGCGGCCCACUGCGUCUACCUUGAGAAUGGGCUAAUCUCAGAAAGCCGGGUAUUAGUGCGUGUCGGUGCUAUCCAUCUGACCGAAGAGAGUGAAUACGUGCAGGAACACACGGUGGAUGAAGUGAUAGCUCAUCCGAGCUACAAUUCCAGCAGGUUUAUGAACGACAUCGCACUGUUGAAGCUGACUACCAACAUCACGAUGACGGAGUUCGUUCAACCCGUUUGCCUGUGGACGAUGGAGGGCGGUCAGGAGAUGCUCGUGAGAAGGAAUGGCAGUUUGGUUGGGUUUGGUCUGAACGAGCAGGAUGCGGUGUCCACCCAGCUGAAGCAGACAACGAUAGGUGUGGUGGACGCCUUGACAUGCAUCAAAAGUGAUCGUGUAUCGUUCGGCAAUCAGCUGACGUCGGAGAUGUUUUGCGCUGGCGCACAGCAGGGAGUAAGCGCCUGCAACGGUGACAGCGGCGGAGGUUUAUUCUUCAACGUGGAAGGCAAAUGGUUCGUGCGGGGCAUAGUCUCAUUCAUUCCUUUACGCAGAGGAACGAGACUUUGCGAUCCUUCCAAGUAUACCGCCUUCACCGAUGUGGCAAAGUAUAUGCAAUGGAUCGAGUUGUUUGUAAACCCACGUGUGCUUCUGAUUGACACCAACGAGCUGGAGGUGGAUUACGAGGAGAAACUUCCUCUGUUCAACCUAAACACGUGUGGUACCCGUUUCGAAACAUGGGCGGCUAAUGGUAAACCGACGGCUCUACCGUGGCUUGGUUUGGCCCUAACAAAUGCUCGGGAAGUGAAGUGUGUCGUCACGCUGAUAAACGAGUGGUAUGCAGUUGGCGCAGCAAGCUGCUUUAAAGAUGGUGGCAAAGAUUUGCGCAUUAUGCUAGGAGGACAGACCGAGCUACCCGAACGGAAGUGUUUCGAACGUGGUGCGGAGACGGUGUGCGCCAAUCCAACACAGAUUCGGAAUAUUCAGCGUGUGAUAAUCCAUCCAAGGUUUACGAUAAAUGCCAUCAGCAACGAUAUAGCACUCGUCGAACUUCGCAAUCCUGCAGACACCACGCAGCCGAACGUGAAACCCAUUUGUCUUCCAGUAACACCAGCCCUGUACACAAAUCAAACAACGAACUGGUCUGUGAUGUCUUACUCGCUGGACGAAAUAAUUUAUAAAGACCAGAUCGUAAGCAACGUGGAUUUGGGUUUGUGUACAAAAGCGUUCGUACGCGUAGGCCUGCCAGUAGAAGAGAAGAGUGUUUGUGCGGUAGUUCCAAAUGACGAUGUUCCAAAGUGCGCUCCCGUAGGCAGAGGUGCACCACUGCAAGAGCGAAGAAUGUUCGGCAUAGACGAGCGAUACAUCUUGAGAGGCUUAGACAUUCUGGGGCUAACAUGUGCUGGGUCCAUAGUAAAUUCCUACACCGAUCUGUACGCCUAUCUGGAUUGGAUGCUGUACAACAUGAAACACCAUGUGGCACGAAAUGCCGAAGCAGAAGCCGCCAAUGCCAGUCUUGCUGAAUGGAUCAAGUUGCAACAGGAACCGGGCAAGGAAAAGUUAAAACUCUUCAAUAUGGAUACCUGUGGAGUUAACGUAAAUGCUGCUGAUUCGACCAUCAUUCCCUGGAUCGGGACAUUGAAGGCUAUUAAGAAUGCAUCGAAUCUAUUGCCUAGUCCCGGGCAGUCGAUAGUGAAACCGGAGGAAACUCCAGGCAUGGUAGUGUUGAUUAGCGAACGUUAUGCGCUGGCUCCGGCGCAUGUUUUUAGUGAAGCGGUAUCUUGGCGAUCCAUCAUCUUGGGAUACACACGUUACAAUCCACUGCUAGCAAUUGAAUGUGCGUUUCGGGCAUGUGAUCCUCCGUACCAGGAGGUGCAGAUAAAAAACAUAACCAUCCAUCCGGGCUACAACGCGACUACGAAUAUGCAUAAUCUCGCACUCAUUGAGCUACUGGACCCAGCAAACACGACCAAACCAUUCAUUAGCCCUAUAUGUCUGCCUCUGACGGAGAAAUUUCGUAACAGCACACCGUUCGAGUUGCUGGUGCCGAAGUACAUUUACCAUGAGGAAAGCAGCAAGUUAUUGCCGCUCGAUCUCCUAAACUGCCAGGAACGGUUCGCACAGGACAGCUACUUAGUAACGCUGACCGAUCACGAUCGCUGUGCAGUUUUGGACAAAGACUACGGUGAAGCGGCAACGGUGAAAUCGGGCGCCCCAUUACAAACAUUGUUGCAAGUUGGAGAGAAACGGCGUUACUUCCUUGGCGGUAUAAACAUCCUCCAGGAUUUGGUGAACUAUCAUAAUCCCAACUAUCCGUACCUGUUCACGGACAUUAAUGCGUACCUUGAUUGGAUUCUGGAAAACAUGCAGCUCCAUGAUCGUGAAACUCCGUCAGUCAAUCUAUCAUCGGACGCGAUCCGUGUGGACCCGAUGCCGGUACGAAGGACAUCGAAGGGAAGGCUUUUCAAUUUUAAAACUUGCGGCCUAUACACGAAAGAUUCCUCUCUGAAUGGAACUUAUGAAGCUGAGCCGUGGUCUGGAUUCUUAUUUACACGGAACCCACUGUUUAAUUCCACUGCAUUUGCGAGAUGUGCCGUGGUGCUGAUCAGCGAGUGGUACGUUGUGGGGAUGGCGAGUUGCUUACCGCAAGAAAAAGAGCUUUUCGUUCAAUUUGGUGGGUACAUUGGGACAACCAAAGAAAAUUGCUACGAAUUCGACGGGGAGACGCUUUGCCGACCUAUAACGCACAUGGUUCCGGUAGAGAAGAGCAUUGUUCAUCCGCGUUAUAGCAGGGCCAGCUAUGCGAAUGACAUCGCAUUGAUACAGCUGGCAACACCAGCAGACAUUACGCAAAAGCACGUAACCCCCAUCUGUCUGCCAAUCAUGGACCCAGUACGCAGUUAUGAUGUAUCAAGCUUGGCUACAGUCACUUUUGGUACCAACACGGGUUCCUUCGUAACGGCAAAGGUAGAUCGGAGGUACAUUGACCCGCCCGAAUGUCAAAGGCGCUGGGAUGGAUUGGCGUUGCAUUUGCAGAUACAGCAUACGAAACGGUGUAGCUUAUUGGAAUACGAUCCUGAUGAGCCAUGUUCCGGUAUAUUGGCUUUCCCAGGCUUUGCACUCCAUACUACACAAGAAUGGCUGGGGACAAAGCGCCACUUUAUUCGCGGUUUGCUUGUGAUGGAACCGAGGCUUUGCAGCUCCUACUAUCCAGCGAUCUACACUGAUGUGGAUGUUUAUUUGGACUGGAUAUUGGAGAACAUGGAUGAGAAAUUGAACACAUUCAGCCAAACGUACAACUUAACGGAACAAUUAUUAUUCGUUUAA